AAUUAAAAAAAUUCGACCAUUAUCCUUUGAAUGUUUAACAUUUUCCAGAUUUUGUUGUGCAAGUUAUUUAAAUUUUUUGGUGAUAAAUAUGAGUUUUUAUAAGUACUUGUUUACUCCGAAAUUAUUCAAAGAAUAUUCCGACAUGACAUCAAUUGCGUCAAUUUACCAAAUGGAGGGUUUGGAAAAAUUUGGAUCCUCUCUAAUCAGCUUUUGUGGGUUAUUUUUCUCACUUGCAAAAUACGGAUCUCCUAUGCUUACGCUUUAUUUCUACAAGAAAGGAUACCUUGCAGUUGAUAAUCUAGGUCAUUUAAUAAAAAUCUCAACAGGAAUUGGAUUAAUUGUUGUUAUUUCAUAUUGUAUUCGAGGAUUUGGACGGUCACAGAGCGAAAGUUACAAACGUUUUGUUAAAGUCUUAGAAGAUGCCAAGGCGAACUACAAUGACACAGAAAAUAAGAAGAAGCUUAGAUUAUAUGAUUUUGAAUUUGAGCAAUGGCCUGUCGAUUGGAGCAUGAACACAGAAAAUACAAAAGGAAACAAAUCUAAGAAGCUUGUCGUGACGUCAUCACGUGGGAAUGUUAAAUGGGUUUCUCCUUGUAGUAUUGCAGCAUUUGUCGCAAUUCACACUUUUGGAUUAAAGAUGAUUUAUCCAGGAAGUAUAAAAUUAAUACAAAAGUAUUUACACCCUAUGCUAGUUCAAGGAAGAGCUAAGAUGAUUAUUGAAAAUAGAGCUAUACGUAAUAAAAUUGAAACUGUUGACAACAACCAAAUUGAUACAAUUUUUAUUGACAAUCGUGCGUCGAAAUCAGAAAAUGGUAAAACACUCGUUAUAACUGCUGAAGGAAAUGCUGGUUUCUAUGAAGUCGGAAUUAUGACAACACCAAUUGAGUUGAGUUAUUCUGUUUUGGGAUUCAAUCACCCAGGAUUUGCUGGAAGUAGCGGUGAGCCAUUCACAGAUCAAGACCAAAAUGCGAUUGAUGCUGUUAUGCAAUUUGCAUUAAGAGUGUUGAAGUUUUUACCCGAGAACAUAAUAUUGUUUGGCUGGUCAAUUGGUGGUUAUUCAACUCUCUGGUUAUCAACACAAUAUCCGAAUGUGAAGGGAAUAAUUUUGGAUGCCACUUUUGAUGAUUUACUUUAUUUAGCUCUACCUCGAAUGCCUGAAAGUUUAUCCGCCAUCGUAAAAAUCGCUAUUCGCGAGCAUUGCAAUUUGAACAAUACCGAUCUCAUCACAAAGUACAAUGGACCUGUUGCAUUAAUACGUCGUACUGAUGAUGAAGUAAUUUGUACAGAAGAAAAUAAUAUUGGAACAAAUCGUGCAAAUUACCUUUUGAUUCAUAUGUUGAAAUAUCGAUUCCCGAAUAUUUUUCAAACAGAACAAUUGACCUUUGCACAAGAAAUACUCAACGGAACAAUUGAUCAUGGCCAUUUAAGCGACGAUCAAAUGUGUCUCUCUUUGAUUCUCUCUUAUGUUUCAGAAAACGGUUCGUCGUAUCCAAUUCAUAUCGGCGAUGAUUAUACAAAAAAACAGAGAGAUCAAAUGUUUGAAAAUGUAAAAAAUGCUUCCAUGGUUGCGAGAAAAAAUUGCAAUAAAAAAGCAGCGCUGGUUAAGGCCAAGAACCGAAGAUAUGUAAGUAAAUUAAAACCUCAACAAGAGCUUCAAGAUGAUACUAAAGAUGCAUGUUUACCUGAUUCUACAACAGAUCUAUUAUAUUUAAGAAUCGUAACAUCAAAAUUUGGAUUACUUCUCGUUCAAGUGUCCUACUUUGAUUCAGGUUUACAAAUUAAAGAAAAAGCAAUUAAGAAACUUGAAGCAUCACAUAGUCCUUCGUCUUUGUUUACUGAUAAAACGAAUUGUUUUAAACUAGUCAGAUUAAGUACAAAAAAUACAUUUAGAGAUUAUGAUUCCAUUCUUGGAACUAACGUCAGGAAUAUGGAAGAAUUUUUAAUGCUAACAAAACGCCCAAAAAGCGCAAUUGACAAUCUAAUGAAAGUUCACAAUACUUGUGGACCAACAGAAAAAGAAAUUCUAAUGAAAACGAAACAUCUUCCAAUCAUUCGUUCAUCAAUUUCCUCAACACUGAGCCCAUCGAUGGACGCAACGUUUUUCCAAGGUGAUUUGCAACACGACCUGAGAAAAAUUCUAAGUGAGAUUGCAAAAUAUUCGGCCUAUAUUCUCGGUUCGUUACCGUUUGCCGAGAAACUUAUUAAAUACUACCGUCAAAAAAUUCUUAUGAGUUUAUAUAAUCAUCAAGAUAUUGUUAAGCUGUUAAUGGAUAUGGGCUUCAGUCAGGAAAACGUAAUUCGUGCACUGAAACUUCAAGGCAACAAUUAUACAAUGGCACUUGACUGGCUUGUUGAAAACGUUAGUAAAGCAUCUGUUGAAGAACAUUCAAGUCUUGAGUUGUCUUCAGAAUCUAUUGACGAUCUCACCGAAUCGACUUACAAAAAGCUAUGCAAGACGACAUUCCCAUCAACAAAUUCAAUUUUUUAUCCGAAACAUAAAGCAAUUAAUAUUAAAGAGAAAGUUGAAGGUCUAUUAGAAAUUGUGCGAUAUUAUAGUGAAAAAAACAACGAUUCAAACGGUCUACAAGAUACCGUCAAUUCUUUGAUAAACAUGGGAUUUCCAAUAGAUGAAAUCCAACAAGCAUUGCGUGCCACAAGUAACAAUCAAACAGCGGCGUGUGAGUGGCUUCUGGAACAUAGUGUCACUAAUCAGAAUUCUACUGCACUUCGUGAAUCGAUCUUUGUCGAAUCACAUAUUCUGAAAAUACUUCUCAACACACCCCAAAUUCAAAUGAGUCUCAGCUCGCCAAAAUUCUUUAUCGCUUAUUGUUCUAUGUUGGAAAACUAUUCAUCACUUAACAUUUUUUUCAAUGACAUCGAGUCGCAAAGUCUUUUACAGCACAUAUUAAGAACGUAUCAUGAAGAAAGGAUCUAUUUUCACACUUUUUCAAAUUCAUCGUCAUCUUCGUCGUAAACCUUAUGUCAUAUUUUUGUAGUUGAAGCCACGCAUUAAAAAAAAUUGCUUAAAGCUUUAAGAGAGAAACAAAAAAGUUUUAAUGUUCGUUGAAUAAAAGAAAUUAAAAGUUAAUUAUAGAAUCUAAACAAGAAUUAAUUCCAUUUCCUCUUUUUUUUCUUUAUUACAUGUUUCAUUUUGGUAUCAAAUGUAAAUUGAUUUCAUUUUUUGAUUUAUCGUGCUAAAGGAAUAUUAGUGCGACAAUAUGACCAU